AUGGCCACUUCUGAUGAUAGUGAUGAUACUCUAACACCACUUUGCUGUGUAUGCUAUUACACCCAAAAGGAUAGGAAACAACGGCUCAAGAUGGAGAACGAAAAGCUUCUCCAAGAGCUGCACGACGUGAAGCGCAAGUUGGAUGUAGAGAAAAAAUGCAGUGCAGAUUUAUAUGAUGAGCUUGAGCAACAGCAGCUCCAAUUUUCCCAACAAACAAUCGAAAUACGCCAAGACUGCGAAAUCCAGCUAAAAUCGUACAAAACUACGAUCGAAAGGCUGCAAAAAGAGCUAGAGGAAAAGAGUGACAUCAUUAAUCAAUCCAUCCCGGCACUUCCGACAACGUCGAUCAUUGUAAAAGCAGAUACAUCGCUCGUGAAAGACUUGGAAGCGAAAGAAGUACUGCAGCUAGAAGAAAUAAGCUUACUGAAGGAAAAAUUGGCCACGAUCGAGCAAGAUUUUUCCCAAGCCCAAUGGAAAAUCUCGGAACUGAACGAGGAAGUAGAAUUGUUCAAGGAUCGGCUUGCAUCACAGAAAGCCAAGCUAGAGCUUAAAACACAACAAGCCGCUGAGCUACAGGAACUCCUCGAAUCUACCCAGGAACAGAACGGAAGGUUAUCUGCCGAACUCGCAGAAAUUCGAUCGGAUCCAUCCAAUGCAAAAAAAGGAAAUUCUCUGUUUGCUGAAGUGGCCGAUCAACGCAAAAAAAUGAUGAAAAAAAUCACGCAAAUGAAGGCGUGCUAUUAUGAGCUGAAAAGGGAACACGAGAACUGCCCGCGACAAAUACGGGAGCUGCGCAGCAUGCAGCAGCAAUCGGAAAGCCUUUACCAGGAAUGCAUCAAGCUGAUUAGGUCGGCAGAAUAUCACAAUCUCAAUACGCUCAAGGAACAAAACAACGAUUUGCACGAACAGGUGGAAAGGACGAAGUGUCGUAUUCGGUACCUAGAAAAUCAGUUGGCCACUAACAGCGACGAUUGGGUGAACAAACUGAUCGUGUACAACAAGGAAGAAAUGGAAAAAUUAGAAGUGCGGCUGCGUACCUACCAAUUCAAGCAACGGGAGGCAAUGGAAUUGCAUGAAGAUGCGGUCAAGGCAACAUCUAAGUGGCGAAUAGAAGCGCAACGAUGGAAGAUGAAAUCUAAAAACAUGGAAGUGCCGUGUGUUCCACCAUUGUCCAGCGCCAAUAAGUUUACAACAUCCGGCCUUCAGCACACUCAGACGGAAAGUCAGACCAAAGCCAAGGAAGAUGUGUUUGGCGCAACUUGUGCGUCCCACGAUGUUUCUUCAGUUGAUGCAACAUGCGCUCCCAUUCCUGUAGACGGUUUGGCCGCACCCGUAACAAUGCCUGGUGACGAUCUGCAGGAGGUAAAUCCAAAACGGCAGCAGAUACUGGACAAAAUUAAAAUUGUGCAUUAUGAAUCCUACAAAAUUAGCGACAUGAUCGCAAAGCACAAGGAGCAGAAGAAAGACAAAGGCAGUGUGCUGGAUCCUGUAGUUGAACCGAAGCCGAAAUAA